CGGGCGGAUGUUAAAAUGGAUCCAUGCGCAUGCCCGGAAGUGGCCGGCGGGGAGGAAGCGAGAAUGGUCCGGAAGUAGAUGGGGGAAGAGUGAAGUGAACGGACCUCGUGUUUAGGGCUGACUGUGUCCCUUCCCCCCCCCCGUAAUCUCGGGCUUGGUGGGGAGAAACAGAAGGAUGUACACGGCGGGCACCGAAAGCUUCCUGCGCCAGGCCAGGGAGAUCCAGGAUGAAGAACUGAGAAAAUUCAUUUCGCGAAUCGCAGGCUUUCUUCAAAAUCAAGAUUUCGGAAAUGAAACUGUUGAUAGCUUGCAAAGACUCUUCCUGAUCAUCUCAGCCACGAAAUAUGGGCGGAAGGUGGAUGGCAAAUUUGUGGAACUUCUGCAAACUGUGUUGUAUCUGCCAAAGUCUCCUGAGCAAGUGCAGUUUCUUUGCGCUGCCAUCCUGAGAGAGAUGUCUCCUUGCAAUGAUUUAUCUAUGUCUUGGGAUAAGAUCCAGGACACCAAGCUCCUGAGUCUAGCAUUCUCCAUCAUGCUAGCCCAAGGCAAUAAAAAGGCAGAGGCAGAGGCUGUGGGACACCAUGUGGUGAAAAUCCUUGAAGGCAGGCUUCCUGAAGGUCAGAAUGCUCUGCACCUUCUCCCUCUCCUGUCAAAGGUCAUCAGCUUUGCACCAAUGAGCCUUAGUGAAGAUCAGAUCAAUCUGCUCAGCAAAAGGAUGGUGGAUUGGCUGAGGUAUGCCAGUGUUCAGCAAGGAGUUCCCCACUCUUCAGGAGGCUUCUUCAACCCCAGAGCAAGACAGCCUGGUCCCAUCAUGGAGGUGGAUGGCACGGCCACCACAGAUUUUUUUACCGUGCUUUCCCUCGGCCAGUGUUACACAGAGGACCAAUGGCUCAACAUGCAGGCCUUCUCCAUGCUGCGAAAGUGGCUGCUGUGCUAUGGAAGUGAUGGAGCAACUGGACCAAAUUCAGAUGAUAAAUCAGAGGUGGAUGGCUCUGUCAUGUCCAUGGUCUCUGUCACCUCCACCUCCAGCCGCCUGCUUCCUCCAAAAGAGCGCUUGCGGGAAAAGGCCUUUGAGUACUGCCAGCGACUUAUAGAGCAAAGUAACCGCCGAGCUGUGAAGAAAGCUGAUGGGGAGCUGCAGAAAGCCUGCCUGAUCGAAGCCAUCACCGUCAUGGAUAUCAUUUGUAGGCAGGACUCCUCCUACGUCUACCGCUCCCUCUCCUGCCUAAAGAACGUGCACAGCCGGAUCAGCGGAGAUCUUUCCUAUGCAAGGGUGCUGCUGCCUAUUGCCCAGUUCUUCUUGAAUCACAGUGAAACAGCAGCUGUGGACUCCGAAGCUGUUUACAAGCACCUGUUCACCAAAGUCCCGGCUCAGCUCUUCCACAGUCCGAUGCUAGCCUUUGAGUUUCUUCAGUUCUGCAGGCACAACAUUCGGUUCUUUACCGAGAACCUCAGCAUCUUCCAACAGAACAUCCCAAACCUCUUCAAGUUUCUGGCAUGGAACAGCCCGGCCCUUGUCACUGAGUAUAUGGACCUUUUGCCAGCUCUGCUUCGGACCGACACGGCCAUGGAGAUCUUCCACUUGCUGCUUGACUUGCCUUGUUUAGCAGCGGCGCUGGAUGUCCAGCUGAGGUCUGUCCUGACUCCCAUGUCGGAGAGACCUGCCUUGGACCCCGCUUUGAAGCCAGCCACGUACCUGGACGCUUUCCGCCAUCCCGACUACAGGGGCCUCUUCCAGUAUCUCCUUCAGGUCGAGUCAGCUCCUGGAGAUCCUAGCCGGUUGACUGGCCUCCGCCAGCUCCUGGCCUCCAUGGCCAACUCCCCUCGUGUUGUUCAGUGUGCUGAGAGUGUCCCUGUCUUAUUGCAGCUCUUCUUUGGAGUAGUAGCCGAGUUUGCAGACAGGGCUCUUGCAAGCAAGCUGGUCCUGGCAAUCCUGGAGAGGAGCGACCAUCUUUAUGAAAUCCCAGCUUUCAAGGCAGAGAUGUACAGGGUAAUGAGCUGUCAGCUGCCGGUUCUAUGCAAGCUGCACCCUUCACUGGUGGUGGAACUGUCCAAGCAACUUUUGGAGUUUUCGGGAACAGUCACCAACAUUCAGAGCAAAGAGGACCUCUUCACCCACGUGGUGUGGGCUAUUGGCGAAUAUGCGUCUGUGUUGCAUGACAAGAGGUGCACUGCUGAGCAGAUCAACAAGUUUUUCGAAGUCCUGGAGGCCAUGCUCUUUGAGAUCACCCAGCUGCGGCCUUUAGCCACCAUCCCAAAGUACUCACCCCGCAUUAUUGCUGUCCUCAUGACCGCACUGACCAAGCUGGCAUCGCGCAGCCAGGACUUGAUCCCAAGGGUUUCCCUCUUCUUGUCCAAGAUGAGGACAUUUGUGCAGAACCCAGCGAUUUCUUCCAUCUACAGUGCUGAGGAUGCCGACGCAAUCCUGACGCGGGCCACAGAGCUGAUGAAUGUGCUGAAAAUGCCCAGCGUGGCUCAGUUUGUGCUGACACCAUCCUCCGAGGUCUCAAGCCCCCGGUUUCACCAGGACACAAACGUUUCCCUGCCACUUGCCAUGAAGACAACCAGCCGGCUAUUAGAACAAGGAACUAGCUUUGCUCCUGGCUAAGGCAAGGGCACCUGAGUCCUUUGGACAGAAAUGCAGUGUUAAGGGCUAUCCAUUGUGGGGGGCUACUGGGAAUUAGGCAGUAUUUGGAAGAAUGUGGGGCAGAUUUCCCCGCCGAUGGAAAGAUUUGUGAACGAAUGCAGAGGAGUGAAAUCAACCAAGCUGAACAAUUUCCCCUUCCUAAACUCGGUUGAUUUGUGCUUGUCCCAUCGUUUCAGGUAACUCCUCCCCCCUCCAACUGACUUCCUGGGUACUUGGGAGUGCCUGGCUGGCCAAAUAGUUUGCAGACUUCCCAUCCCUAUAGAUGGUUUCCUUGUUCAGUAAAAGCAUUGCUGUUGGAGCUGGGCUCUCCUAUAAAUAAAACAUUGAUUUGGCACGGGAAGGUGACAUGAAUGUUCCUCCUUU